AUGGGGAAGGACUACUAUGCCAUCCUGGGAAUAGAGCGGACGGCAAGCGCGGCGGACAUCAAGGCGGCCUACCGCAAGCAGGCACUCAAGUGGCAUCCGGACCGGAAUGCCGACCAGAAGCAGCUGGCGGAGGAAAAGUUCAAGGAGGUGAGCGAGGCCUACGAGGUGCUGAGCGACGAGAAGAAGAAGGACCUCUACGACCGAUUCGGCGAGGAGGGAGUCAAGGCCGGCGGCGCGCCCGGAGGCGGCGGUGCCUCCUCGGCACACUCCUUCAACUCCUUCCGAUUUUCACGUCCCGAGGACAUCUUCUCUCAAUUCUUUGGAGGUUCCAAUCCGUUCUCGCGAAGUUCGGGGAGGAACGGAGGCGCGGGAGGCUUCUACGGCUUCGAUGCGUUUGGCGAGCCUGAAGGCUUCGACAGUGGCUUUGGCGGGUUUCCACCGCGACCGCAAAAGGCCCCGCCCAUUGAGCGCACGUUCGGUUGUACAUUGGAGGAACUUUACACGGGAACGAUGAAACGAAUGAAGAUCACAAAAACCAUCACCGAAAGCGGUGGGGAAAAGCAGGUGAUUGAGAAGAUCCUGGAACUAACGGUUAAGCCCGGCUGGAAGGAGGGCACGAAGAUCACGUUUGCGCAGGAAGGCGACCAGGCCCCGGGCAUCAUACCGGCGGACAUCGUGUUCAUUCUACAGCAGAAGCCGCAUCCGCUGUUCACGCGGGAGAAGAGCGACCUUGUAUAUACGGCCAACAUCUCCCUCACCCAGGCCCUCUGCGGCGCCGAACUAUCCAUCGUCACGCUCGACGGACGCACACUCAACGUGCACCUUCGUGACGUCAUCCCUCCCGGAUUCUCCAAGACGGUGCCAGGCGAAGGAAUGCCCGAUCAGAAGAACCCGGAGAAGAGGGGCAACCUGGUGAUCAGGUUCAACAUCCAGUUCCCCACCAAGCUCACCGAGUCGCAGAAGUCGAGGCUGGCCGACACGCUCGGGGCUUGA